ACAAAUCACAUUUUAACAAGAUAUCUUAAGCUGUUAGCUUUCAAGAGAAAAUUAUAUUUCAGCCAAUAUGAAGCAUUUUUUCCUUUUGCUGCUUUUCCUGACUCUGCUGGGAUUUGGCUCUAUACAGGUCACGGGGACAACCACUGCAUCAAGAGGAUCCAGUACUACCACUACUUACAGUAAAUCUAACACCAACAGUAGCUCUGGCAGCAGCACCCAGGCUUCCACCAGCACGACGACCACAGUCGCAGGGGCAUCGUCAACCAAGGUCAUGGGGACAACCACUGCAUCAACAGGAUCCAGUACUACCACUACUUACAGUAAACUUUACACCAACAGUAGCUCUGGCAGCAGCACCCAGGCUUCCACCAACAUGACGACCACAGUCGCAGGGGCAUCGUCAACCAAGAGCAUGGGGACAACCACUGCAUCAACAGGAUUGAGUACUAACACUACUCAUAAUCAGACCAGCAACAGCGGCUCUGGCAGUGGCACCCAGAGUGGAGAGAGCCACAUCGCCACCUCUGUGUCUCUGCUGUUGGGAUCUUUUGCUUUUCAAGCCAUUGUGUAGUGAGCAAUCUGGAGCCUCAGAGCCAGAACUAGACUACAAAGGUAUUUAUCACACAGCAAAUCUGAGUUUAUUGUAUUUAGUUGUAGAUGAUGGCAGUGAAAGAGCUAGUCUAUAGCAUCUCAACAGAUAUGUGUGUAAGUCAGUAAAGUGAUUUAUAGAGCACUUUUCACAGUGGAAAGUGUACAGUGCCUGAUGACAUGUAAAGGAGAAUCGUCUGCCUUUAAAAGCACGUCAAAGCAUAUUUUGGCACAUUUCAGUUGUUUUAUUUUGAAGGUGACAUGCCCUUACACAUCUUUAUGCUACUGUACCCAUUACCUGUUUAUU